GACAAUCAUCAGUUAGUUGAGGAGCGAGAACUAAUUUACUUUUUCGGAGUUUCGUGGCCUGUAGCAUUGGACUGGUUUCGACAUCCGGCGAGAGAGUUGUCAGAAAAUGGCUGUCGUUGCGAAUUCGUGUCAAGGGGUGCCCGCGCCCACAGCUCUCUCGUUUAUAACAGCAUCUCUAUCUUUAUUUCUCGCCAUUAUCACUGUCCCUGGAAAUUUCUUGGUCUGCCUUGCUGUGUUCAAAGACCCGUACAAACGCCUCAGGUCGCCGUUUACUUUCUUUGUAGUAAGUCUUGCCGUUUCUGAUCUGAUCGUCGGCAUGGUGACGGAACCCAUUUCGGUUUGGCUUCACUUUCGCGAGGGAUUUUCCCUGGAGAUCAAUCACAUUUGGUUGAUUCACAUGUCGUACUUUAUCUCUUGUACCGCCUCCGUGUUGAAUCUGGCUGCUUUGACUGCAGAUCGCUUUACAGCGAUAACCUAUCCUCUUCAAUACAGGGCAAGGUUUGGCACCAAGCGAGCGGCAGUAAUCGCGGCUCUUAUUUGGUUCCUGUCGUGCAGUUUGCCGUUUGUUUACCUGGAGGUCGGAUAUUUGCUGUACGCGUUUGUAUUUGCAAACACUGCCAUCGCGUUGACCUUUAUCAUAUUCCUCGUUACUUAUGUUGGGUUUUUGCGUAGUAUGAGAGCCCAGGUGUCGGAGUUGGAAAUGGUGCGAGAUAGCUCACAAACUGAAGAAAAUCGAGCGAGAAGACGAACUGCUGCUAACGAGAGGAAUGUCACCAAGGCAUUCAUGUUGAUGCUAGGCUUGUUUCUGUGUUGCUACACUCCGUCUUGUGUCAUGAUAUACGUUAUGAACCUGUGCUCGUCCUGCAGUUGUUAUGCAAUCCACAUUCUUCGAGAUCUUCAGUUCCUCUUCGUGUUGGGUUCCUCGGCGCUAAAUCCAUUUCUUUACGCCUGGCGUUUACCUAACUUUCGAAAGGCGUUUGUUAGGAUUUUGCGUUGGCGAAAAGUAAACGAGGAAACUGCACCUGCUAACACGCUAGAGAGCGCGGGGAGAGUACCCGGCACGGUCGAUAGAUCACCUUGAAUGCAUGCGAGGACACUGAACUGGCUAUUUGUUAUAUACAGUGGAAUCCCAAUUUCUCAAACUUCCAAGGAGAACGAAAAUUGAUCAAGUAUAUCGGAAGUCCAAGAUAUGGGUGUAAAACUACAGAGAAAUAAAUCAUAGUUAAUGAAUAAAUCUAACGACCUUUGGUUCGAGUUAUGCCGCGGAGGUUCUAAAAAUCAGGAUUCCUCUGUACUCGGCAUCUUCCGAAAAAAAAAAGAAGAAGAAACAGAAACAAUAGUAGCGAUAAAAAGAAAUCUUUUUACUAGUGAAUGUCAACGAAAGGGGAGGGCGAGUUCAGACAUUGCCUUCCAGCUUCCAGUUUUCCUUACUCCCUUAGGGCUUAGGAGCGCUUUAAUUUACUGAUUUAUUGCUUCUUUAAUUGGUAUUCUGAGAAUUAGCUGAGGGAAAUUUCAUUUACUGACAUAUGAUACGGGGAGGAUUCCUUUCCACAAUCGCUAGGAUUUUCUCGUCAUCUGUGUAUGAUUGCUGUAUAAACGCGCAGCUUUGUAUCAUGUUUAGAAACUCUGAAGAAAUGUGCAGAAAGAAAAGAAAAAAUGUCAUUCUGAAAAUUCAUUUAUCCUUGCAGUCAAGUAGACAGGUGAUUAGAGUUUAACGAAAAUCGUUUAAGAGUCAUUAUCAGACGACGAAGUUAAUUCAGAAGACCAUUUAUGAAAACCGACCAAUCAGAUUGCUCUGUAGCCCGUCUAUAUUUUUCAAGUAUUGGACCAGGCACUCUGCCGAAGGUCUUGUAAUUUUUAUGGCUUUCUUCUCACCAGGAGAUAUCUUGCACAUUAAAGGUUCUUUUGUUUCUUUUGUGUUAAUCCAACUUCAGUUCUUUUCCUGCUUUUUGAAAACGUCAAAUUGGAGUAAACUCUAAGACGGUUAUUAAUCAGAAUUACGCGCAUGAAGAUUAUAUUUUCUUUCCAGCCUGUGAUCGUGGGAUUUUUUUCUUAGCAGUUCAGGCGUGUAACAGAUCAUCUCAGUUUUGAUAACCAAGUACCACAUAAAAGGUUCUUUUGUUUUUUUUUAAUCCAAGUUUCUUUUCCUUCUUUUUUGAAAACGUCAAAUUGGAGUAAACUCUAAAACGGCUUUUAAAAGAUUAUAUUGUCUCUGCAGCCUGUGAUCAUGGGAUUUUUUUCUUAACAGUUCAGGCGUGUAAUAGGUCAUAUUUUGAUAACCAAGGAUAAUCAGGGCCUUGCUGGGAAAGUAUAAGCCCUUGGUCUUUUUUGUUUGUAUUAUCAAUACCUCGGUCUCAUAUUUUCCAUCUACGGCCUUGGUGCUUGGUUUAUAUGCAUUGUCCUGUUGUACCACAAAAUUUUCAAAACUAACAUUACAGGGAUUGUAUAUAGAUUAACCAGGAGAAUUGGCAGAAAAAUACGUUUUAGAUGUCUUGUAAGCAAAUAAGUAUUAGCCUUAGUAUAGUUUAAAUCUGUCAGUGUUUCUUGAAAUGGUUUUAAACUCCUUGAAAUAAACGUUUUGUGUUUUGCUGUCAUGUUUGAGUGUUGAGUUUUGUAUAGAGUCAUCUUCAUUUGGAAAGUAGAAUUUACAUCUAGAUAUUUAGUUGCGUCUGCACAUGUAUGUUCAUUUUAUAAAACGCGCUUGUCAGCUAUGAACAACUUGAAGACUGAGGUGUUCGUUUAGGAAAUUAGGGACCUUUAGAUCAUAGUAGGAGUAAGAGAUUGUGUACGAACGGCGACUUUUUAUGCUUUCCAUUAUCACGUUUCACGCCAGUGUCUCGCGGAUAGUGUCAUAUUCAACUGGCCAGUAACGGGGAGGAGCGAGGGCACUGGGAACGUAACUAUACUGCAAUAUGAAAGUCGUAUUCAUGUAGUCAUAGUUAAUAGA